AUGGGCACUGGUCCUGGCCCAGAGCAGAAUGAGAAACAAAUGGUGAAAACGGCCAAGUCGGGACCACGAGAAAGAGGAGGGAAGUCUAAUCCCGAGUCAAAACCAAGAUCUUUGGGAUCGUUUGGAAGAAGGAGAAAGUCGAAGAGUAAAAAGAAGUCGAAGAAGGGCAAACGUGGCACGUCAAGUUCGGUUAGCUCAACUCUCACGCCUGAUACCCAGUAUGAGCCUGGUGUGAUGACCUGCUCGUACUGGCCGAGAGUAUCCGGAAAGAGACAAAGCGGUCGUCUGAUCAUCUUAAUGCGCUCAGCCGAGCGUGUCGACCGCGUCUUUGGACCGGACUGGGCGGAUACGGAAGCACCACAUGGCUAUCUCACACCGACCGAUCUCAACAUCCCACACAACAAUAUGACCAAGAAGCUACUCUAUGGAAAAGUAUUCGUUGAUAACCCACCGAUAACCCCAUUCGGAAAAUACUCUGCCCAACUGACAGCACGUGGAAUUUGCAAUCGUGGAGUUUCACCGCAGUUCAUAGUUUGUACGCCAACUCUUCGCUCCAUUCAAACUGCAGACGCAAUGGCACGUUUCCUGAAAGCAGGCUUAGUGAUAGAACCAGGUCUGCUUGAACCGCUUUCAUGGUAUCGUGCUGGAAGCGAGUCACUGCCUGAUUUUAGUCUUGAUCUUAUCUGCAAGAUGUAUCCGAUUGAUACGAACUACUCCCCUGUCAUGACAAUGGAAGCCAUUCAAAAGCUUUACGACAGAGAAACUGAGCAAGAAGGACUAGCUCGCAUCGAUUUCGUGCUGCGCAGCCUAUCUGGUGAACAACGGAAGCAACCACUGGUUGUGGUUGGACAUGCCAUCACAAUGGCUGUUGCCCUUGCGAUAGCAAGUUCUCAAGGAGAUCAGAAAGGAAGAUCGACUACGAGCGAUUCGGGCACUCCUAUCACUUCGUUCGAGUAUCAGAUGAGCAUCGAUACCCUGGGUAAUGAAGUCAUUGAUCAAACGACUUUGGGUGUUAGAUUCCCACCAGGAAGUGUUGUCACACUAAUUCAGAAGAAUAAAGGACCACCAUUCCUCUACCAGCUAGCUCCUAACAUCGUCCCACCGCUGUCCUAUGGUGAACUCUUCACCAACAAAGCUGUUGUGGCAACAUAAAGACAACUGAUUGCGAACAUUCGUUCAUAGACUAAUUGUCGAUGUUCACGGUGAUAAAUGUUCGUGGC